AUACGCUACCAUAAACAAACGGGGCACGACUACUUCACAGACAUUGUAGGCGUGCACGCCGCACUGGGACUGACAGUUCGGUACAAAAGUGCGGUGGCUAUUGCGUAUAUCACCCCCAAGAAGGAGUACGAAAUCAUGGUCCUGAGUGAGACGGCUAGUGAUGAUCUAUCUGCGUUGGUGUUUGCGGUUAUCGAGACUUUUCGAGAGGAUAUGAACAUCUACGCGUGGAGUAUGGCUAUGUUCUUCCCUGAGCUGGGGCAUGAGAGCGCUGAACCUCGUACGGGUGAUCGCAGACAAUCACUCCCUGCCAUCGUGCGCAUCAUUGACCGAGGGUCGCCCACGGGUAAACGUUCGG